AUGUUGUCUGCUGCAAUCUUUCUAGCUGGUCUUGCCUGCGUCUUUGCUGAGGGAUACGGAUCCCGGUGCUAUGACUGCAACUACGCCCCAUCUGGUUACACCAAGCAGGUGAACUACUGGACCAGAGUAUCUUCCAAUGCUGGAUACGCUGGAUGUGCCCUCGCCAAAUACGGAGAUGCUGAGACCCUCGACAAAUGGAGCUGCUCCUCCGGAGAGUGCUUCAUCCGUAAAGACCCUAAUGGUCUUGUCUACCGUGGCUGUGCCAACAAGGAGAACCUUCCCCUUGGAGUAUCUACCUACAAACAGUGCGCCAACCAGGCUGGUUCUCUCUGGUAUUUCUGUAAGGGAGAUCUCUGCAACAGCAAGCAACUUGGAGACUACGGAGUCUGUGGAUACAAACCCGCAUACUACAAUUCUUAUAAGAGCCCAUGUGAUGGCAAAUGCUACAACAACCCAAGUGGUCUUUUCGCUGACAAAUACAACAAGAAUGGUUUCAUCCAGUGUGGAUGUGACUACAAAUAUGGCAAAGCCUGUAUCUGCUGCAAGCCUUUCUUCAUGAAGUGCCCAUAUGGAACUGCCUUCGAUGACUACACCAAGGUAUGCAGCAAGGAUGCCUACAACCCAGACUACAUCCCUACUCCAUACAAAGCUGAGCCCGUCUACCAUGCCCCAUCCUAUGGAUACCAGGCUCCCAGCUACGGAUAUGGAUACCAAGCCCCAGCAUAUGGAUACAACAACCACUAUUAAACAUUAAAGUUUGAUUACAAUUGAUUGUGUAAAAAUAUGUUGACGAUAAUAAAGUCUUAAUUAAC